AUGGCGUCGGGCCUCUUCCAAACCGCUCUUCUCCUCGCACCCCUCACCUCCUCGACGGCGACGCUCGUCUGCGCCUGGGACCAGCACGUCUUUCACUCUGCCCUGACGCGGCCCGAGACACAACCGCACGCCGAAGCAAUUCUGCCGUCCUUUUGGCGCACGCUGCUGCCGACCGGUCUACCGCAGGUCGUUGCUCAGCUCGGCGCGACGGCCUGCACGAGCACCGUUGCCCUUUGCCUCCACGGUGAUCUACUGCGUCGCCGAAGCGCCCACGGCUGGUACGUGGCCGCGGCGACGCUCGCCGUCGCUCAUCUCGCCUACGGUCCGCUCGUCGCACGAAGCAUCAAGCGCGUCCUCGAUGAUGAGCGCCGCGAGGGCCGCAGCAAUGUCGCCGUCGAGCGUGUCUGGGUCGACGUGAACCUGCUGAGGAUGCUGACGACUGACCUCGCCGCCUGGGCCUGUGCCCUCGUCGCCGUUACGAAGGCGUUGACGGCCCAUCCAUGA